AUGUUUACCAAUAGUCGAAUGUAUUAUGCAAUGCAAUUAAUGGUCACUAUUUCAAUUGUCCAUUGUUUUAAUCAUAUUGAAAAGCCUAACGACUUCAAUCGUUCUCUAUUUGCAUUUGAGGAUAUAUGACGAUGUGCUAAAAGCGAAUAUUAUGAUUUAAAUUACUUGAUGUGUAGACCAUGCGAGAAAUGGGGUCAAAAUUUAGAAUCAAGUAAUGACAAGUUUUCUUGUGUCUGCAAUGCUUCCCUUAUCACCACAUUAACCAUUUACGAUACCGUAAAGGAGCGGAUAAUUUGUGGUGAUAUUUGCCAAAAAACUCAGUUGCUUAAUAAUCAAGUCUUCGAUAAUAUAUGCCAAAAUACCGAGGUAGCUCAACAUGGUUCGAAUUGUAAAUACAAAUAUAUAAACCGAACCAGUAGCAUUCGUAUAUUCGGAAACAUGGAAUCAUCGUUGAAUAUGAUAGAAAUCGCUUAUAAAAACUGGCGCCAUGAUAAUGAUUGCGUUCAUUGUGACCUGCAUUAUAACUUCCAUUAUCAGAGCUAUUGUAUAGCUAAAAUUUUGUUAAGACCGUAUUUAAAUUAUGAUUCGUUCUGGCAAGCAACGACAGCGCAUUAUAAUUACAAUGAAUUAAAAUUUGCAGCAUUUUUUUGCAUCAGUCUUCAUAACAAUACCGCUUGUAAUCAUUUGGCUAAUUUAUGCGUUACGGCCUUUUACGCGAUGGGUAAAAAUUCACCAUGUAAUCGUUUUUUAUUGACUCAAGCGUCAGAAACGCUUUAUCGUUAUGGUGGUAUGGAUGAGCAGCUGCUAGGACGUGAGAUAAAACCAUUCCUAUAUUAUCGAAAAGGUAAAGAAAUGCAACAAAUGUUGAGAAGACCCAUCGAAGGUUUAGCAUACAGUUUUGAUUCUACAGAAAAGAACAACCAUUUGAAUAUAUUUGAAACCAUUUAUGAUGUGAGUGGUUCUUUACAUGUCUGGGGACCUAUGAAACUGAAUUCUAUGAAUCUAUGUUCUAAAUUGGAUGAUUCGAAUUUCGUACGCUUCAGAUUGGCUACUGAAAAGAUCAAAUGCUUUUUAACAUUGGAAAAUCUCAUCGAUAUUGCUUCUUUAUAUGGUCGCAAUCGGUAUAUAAGUUGGUUCUUGAAUUACACCACUAAAGAAGAACCCCGGAAGAUUCUAAUGCAAACGUUACCAAUUUUAAUAGAAGAACUUAAUAAGGAAAAUGAACCUUUGCAAGGUAGAGAUUGGCUUCUGGUAAAACGUUUUCAACUUAUUUACUUUUACACUCAUCAAAAUAUUAAAAGUGAUUUGCCGACUUAUGAAAAUUCAUAUAAAUUAUCAAUUUAUCGUUUCGGUCGUUAUGUGGAAAGAAUCGAACUUCAUACUGUGAUAUUUGAAGGCAACCAGAUUGGAGUACCUCUCAUUAAAAUGAAAUAUCGUUAUCUAGAUUUUUCGCAAAAUCUCACUUUGGACUCGCGUUUACCCUUUGAAUUUGUAAUAAGCUUUGUACGACAAGGCGAGCAAUCCAUUAAUGAACUUUUAAAUGAAUUGUCUUUUCCAAUGUUGCUAAUUUUAACGGUGGCGUUAACAUUGCUACGAAUGUGGACUCUUCUAAGGCAGCGUCAAAGCAUAUCCGCGUCAUCUUUAUCGUCAGUGAAUAAUAAUCAAGACUUUUGUAGCAUUACUCUUGUGGAAUUUUUACUACAAUUGGCCGACUAUACAUCAUACGCGUUGCUAAUAUAUUUUCUACUAUACGUUCACUUAAAUUCAUUAAUAUAUUACACUCAAAGCUAUGCGGAAUUAACUUUACCUCUACUUAAGGGCUAUAAUUAUUUGCAAUUUAUUAUGUGCGCUGCUGCAAUUUUAAAGCUGAUUACUACUUUUACCAAAUUCUGGCAUUUAUCUCAUUUUAAUGUAUUCUUUAUCGAUUGGGAACGGCCACGUUACAGCGAUACCAAUAAUAUCAAUUUGAAAAGUAACUUGGAAACAUUAUCGGCUUGUUCUAAUGCAGGUCCACCUGCCAAUAAGAGCAAUGUUUCCGCCUGGCGCAGUAUAUUUUUGAUAAAUGAAUGGGUUAGAUUGAGCAGUACCCAGCAGACUUCUACAGUAUUGCAAAGUUUUGCUACUUAUGUAGCUUUUAAUAUAUUCGCUACUGACGCUGUAACUCAUAACGAUAGCACUUUAAAACUAUUCGUUUUUACUUUAUCCUCGCUCACCAUCUAUUGCCUUCAAUACGUUUUACAUAACACAUUAAUAACUCACUUACUUGGAAAUCCAAUGAAAAUGUUUAUAAAUCAUUGUUCUUUGGCAAAUAUUUCUAUAUUUGUGCUAAUCGAGCCAUCAUCUGGUUAUUAUAUACAUGGACGUUCACCGAACGGUUUCACCGAUACUGAUGUACCCACAAUAAUUACGCAAUUUCAACGUGAAACUCAAAGUUUAUGUGAACGCCGCGGUUUACUUAAUAAUGCUGAUCAAUGCUAUAUAAUAAUACCACCGAAAAAUCUUUAUAAUUAUUUCAACAAACUUUUGCUACGACUUCAACGUUCGAUUGACUCAGCGAGCACUAUACGUGGCGACAACGGUAUCUUUCAGACACGUUAUAAUAAAGAUAUCAGUAGAGCAGAAGGCUCGUUGGAGAAAACUUCAAUAGCUUAUAGUAACAUUAAUCGAUUCUGUUGUGCUUUUGUAGAUCACGGUAUUAAAGAUAUGGAUUAUAUUAUAAAAGAGAAAACUUUAUUAGAACGACUUCUUAAUUGUGAGCUUAAUCACCAUAUAAAUGAAAGUAAAGGCACCUUCUAUGAAGAUAAAAGUUAUUCCUUUAAUCAUCUCUUUCUCUAUGGUCACGACUUUCAUUUAUUCACUUUACAUUUUUUAAUAUUAACAGCCGUUUAUAGCAUGUUUGCUGAUGCGCUGGUUGCCGUGGUGGUUGUGUGUGUUUUUCACAAGGCAAAUUUUUCAAAUGUUUUAUCAACUGAUGGUAAGGAAAAACAUUUCCACGAAAACUUUACUUCAUAA